AUGCCCUGCUUCAAGGGCAUCGCGGUGAGCAUCCAUGCCAACUCGGCGCCUUUGCCCGAGUAUGGCAUGCAGAAGCAAUCGCGCGUGUCCCGCAUAAGCACCUACAUCCCCGUACCCCAGCCCCAGCUCACCGGCGAAGACAAGAAGCCCGAGGCAGCCAAGUUCGCCAUCUCGAUCACACUCUUGACUCCCGGCCUCGCGAUUCCGUACUCGAGCCCCAAGGCGAGCCUAGAAAACCCGAACCCCAAACCACAGUUCGUUGGUGGCAUGUUGCCCAAAGCUGGUGGGGAGAGGGGCAAGUACCAGGGCGUCGUGAACCCCUACAUACCCAUGACAAACUCGGAAAACGAAACGAUCGCUGCAUACAUCUACUUCGAUGGGCGACCAAAGGAAGAAGUGGCCACACUGCUGCGACCAGGUGAGGAGACUUGGGUCAAUAGUCGCUGGGUACAAGUACCGGAUUCCGAGGGCGGCGGUUUGGCGGAACGGGAAUUCUUGUUCCGCGAGGUUGGCCUCGAGCGUUGGCUGAAUGGUCUGGAUCUACAAGGUCAUGAUACGGCGGAGAAGGUGGAGAAGCGCCGGCAGAAGUUCGAGAGGCGGUCGAGGAGGCAGGCUGCCAGACUCGAGGGCAACUCUGGUGUCGAUCUUGGACAGGGGAUAUUGAAACGUCGAGAGACCCUUAGAUAUGGCGCCGACGACAAGACUCCCCUCGAAGCCGUGGAUGACGAAUCCGAUUCCCUUUCCUCAGACGAUGACGAGCCUCCAGAGGCUACCGGCCAAAUCAAAGUGGCCAUGUUCCGUGUUCUUGCAUCUGGAGAGGUCAAGAAGGGAGAAUACUCACCCCAAUUCGACGCGCACGAGGGCGACGAGGAAGAUGGAGCAAAAGGCAACGACAUGGGCGCAGACGUUGAGCACACGACGAGCUUUGCGAAGCCCAAAACCCUAGAUCCCAAGACCAUCAGCACACAGACUGUGACAGGCAUUGAUGCACCGGACAAGCCUUUCGCUGUCUUCACGUUCUUCUACCGCGGUGAAAAACAAUUGCAGAAGAUCGGCGUCAUGCAGUCGGCCAAGGCUGCGCAAGCGACUCCGGGAUCCGCCAAGAGGCGGUCUGCCCAGCUUGACUUCUCAACUCUCGGCCCCCUCAAGUCAGGAGGGACCGUGGGCUUUUCGGCUUUUCGAGACAACAAACCUGAUACCGCGCGCAAGUCUCGUAAAAAGAGCAGUGGGGCUGUCACUAUGGAAGACAGCGAGGAAGAAGAUGACGACGAUAACAUGCUGAGCAAGAUGGAAGAUGCCGACGACAAGGUCGACGACAAGUUCGACGACAAGAAGCUCGGCCCUGAGGAUGCCCAGUCUUCAGGCGAACUGGCGGAAGGCGUCAACCGGAUUCGCCUAAAGAGGGCGCACUCCGCCGAUCCUGACGGUAACUCGACUCCGGAGACAUCCCAGCGACCAGAGUGGAACGAUUCGUCCGCAUCACAAGAGGGCAGCACGACGGCCAAUUCGGGACUGAAAACCGAGAGUGACGUCCCUCCGGACACUUUGAUCGGAAGUCCAUUGAAGAGGCAUCGACUGAGCAUGGACCAGGGGAGCAACAACGAGAAGCUCAACGCAACGCAGAGCAUGAGCGCCGCUCUAGGUGCCGUUUUGGGGAGCUCCAAUACCCCGGCUCCGGAUACUGCAUCCUCUGCUCCUGCAUCAGGAAAGGACACAUCAACCAAAAUCGAGGAGGAGGAGCUGUGA